UAGCGCGGCUCAGAUGGCGCUGACGGCCGCGGUAGCGGGAAUCUAAUGCUUAAAUGUCAAAUUGGCGAAAAUUUUCUCGGCGGCGGACGUGCUCCGGGGUCGGACCGCAGUGAGGAUGGCAGUUUGUAUCGCGAUAAUCGGGAAGGACAACUCCCCACAAUACAUUGCGACAUCUGAUUUAGAUAAGGAGCUGGAACUACAAUAUCGAGUCCAUGCCGCCCUAGAUGUUGUUGAGGAGAAAUGUGAACCAGGAACAAAAACCACCCCUGAAUCAAGGGAAUUGUACUUGGGCUUGCUUUAUUCUACAGAGACACAUAAAAUAUAUGGAUAUGUGACUAAUACAAAAAUAAAGUUUAUCAUCGUCAUGGAUUCGAGCAAUACGGCGUUGCGGGAAAAUGAAGUUCGCUCAAUGUUUCGAAAUCUCCAUAUCUUGUACACUGAUGCUGUUUGCAAUCCUUUCUACAUUCCUGGUGAGCCGCUUAACUCAAAAAAAUUCGACAAAAGCGUACGUGGUAUUAUGACUGGAAACAUAUAGGGAAGAUAGAACAAUUUAAAUAACAAUUUAAAAUUUACUGUCUCAAUGCUAUGUUAAAUAAAAGCAAAUACAUCAGUGGAAAUCA